AUGGUGCCCCGAGACCUUACUCUGGUUACAAGUCCAAACUUGGAUUCCCCGCGCAGCAGCGAGGACGAGGACAGCAUCACUUCGUCCCAAGGCGACGAGGCCGAGCGCGGACUCGAGGAGACACUCGAGAAGCUUGGGUUUGUCAUUCUUCCUCGUGUGCAAGUACAUUGGAACUUGGGAAGCGAGGUCGUUGGUGUGCUCAGCGCAAGCACUAUGGCAGGCAUGAUGGUCGGUGCAGUUGGCUGGGGUGUGGUGUCGGACCUGGUCGGUCGUGCGCUCCCCUUCCACUCGACGCUUCUCCUGACCGCCAUCUUUGGCAUUGCUGCGAGCUUUUCUCCAAACUUCUGGGUCCUCUGCACGUGGCUCUUCUGCCUUGGAACCGCUGUCGGCGGUUCAAUGCCAACAGAUGGCACGCUUUUCCUUGAGAACCUUCCCCACUCGAAGCAGUACCUGCUCACGCUCCUUUCCGUCUUCUUCUCAUUUGGCGCUGUGCUCUCAGCCACAACAGGAUUCGCCCUCUUGCCAAAGAAGAGCUGCAAGACAUUUGAAGGUUGCGAUAUUGAUGGAGGAGCAAACAAUGGGUGGAGGCAUGUGCUACUGGCUUUGGGGAGCAUUAACCUUCUUUGUGCCCUUGCCCGAUUCAUCGUUCUCCGUCUGCACGAGUCCCCACGCUUCCUCGUGGCCAACGGACGGUCAAACGAGGCUGUAGUCGUCCUGCGUUCCAUUGCCACCUUCAACGACGAGUCCAUGACCAUUGAGCCGGUCGACGUGCGUCCACAGCUCCUGGCUGGUGACUCGAGUGUCAUCAUCGACGAGGAGCAGCGUACCCUCAUGCCCGAAAGCCCCACAUCUCCUAUUACCCCCCGUUCACCUCACGGUCGCUCUCCUCACCGUCAUCACCUUCCUGGCCGCCACGGUCCCAAAUCUAAGUGGGCGUGGUUCCACAGCUGGAAGGCGCAGAUGGGCAGACUCUUCUCGCCCAAGUGGCGAAGGACCGUCAUUCUCAUGUGGAUUAUCUGGGGUGCCAUGGCAUUUGCGUAUACCAUGUUCAACGUGUGGCUGCCUGCUAUUCUUGAGAGCCGCCAGGGCGAGAGUGACGACGCCAUCCACGGCGCGCUCAAGGAUGUGGUCCUGUACUCUGUUGCAGGCUGUCCUGGGUCAAUUAUUGGCGCCUGGAUGAUUCAGACAAAGCUGGGUCGUCGCCAGAGCCUUGCACUGUGCACAGUGGCGACUGGUCUGUGCAUGUUUGUCUUCAUCAGAGUGCGGUCCAACAAUGCGGUGAUUGUGAGCUCCAUGUUUGUCUCGCUCACUGGCACUGCCAUGUACGCGGUUCUCUACGGCAUGACUCCGGAAACCUUUGGAACCAGCAUCCGCGGCACAGCCUGUGGUACCUCGGCGGCCCUAUCACGUCUAGCAGGUGUCGUCGCUCCAGUGAUUGCUGGAUUCCUGCUGGCCGUCAAGCCCGAGUUGCCACUCAUCACCGCGACGGCUGUUUACAUCGGCACCGCCCUGUGUUCUCUGCUGCUGCCUCCGGACCGCGUCUCCCGUGGGCCCGCAGUCUUUGCCCAUUGA